AGGUCCAGUUUACUAAUGAAGGUCAAAAACCUGUUUAGGGUGGAAUAAAUCCAUUUUUGCCUCUUGUGGGUGAAGGCAGGAGACAUCCUGGACAUUCCACCCGUCUUUUGCAGGGCCACGAAUCACACAGAUUCAGAAAAAUCAAUGAAUCUGACCUAAAUUCCAUCCUUAGCUUCAAGAUUUUCCCUUGAUGCAGAUUACAAACUGUUUCAAACUCAACUGUAUUUUAGCAUCUGAAAGUAUAAAAUGGAAAAAUAUCAGAUUUGGAAACUAGUUCAGUUCUACCAGGGUUCAUAAACGCUGCACAAUAAGUAAAUUUCUAUUUAGAAUGAUUUACAUUUGACAUUCUGGGAAAAUCUUUUUUGCCUAAAUUUAGGAAAGUUUCUCCGGAAUCUGAUCUCUGACUCAUCUUUAAAAGAUUCACCACAUAGUUCGACGGCCCCGUGGUAGAGUGUCUAUCCUUAGGAUGGUAGACUGGGUUUAAAUCCAUGAUGGAGCCAUUUAAAGGCUAAAAAUGGGACCUGAAGCUGUCCAGCUUGACACUCAGCAUUUAGGGCAGGGCUGCUCAAUCCUGCUCUGGAGAUCUACCACACUGCCUGCUUUCCGCUGGUGGUUACCUGGACCAGGUGUGUUCAUUCAAUCUGGUUGAGCUAAUCAGCAGCUAACAAGUCUUGGAGAUCUGGAAAACAGUCAGGGGGGGGUGAGCAGCCCUGAUUUGGGGGUUGGAUUGGAGGGGUUUAAACCUUCCAAUGGUUCCUGAAUGCGUUUGUGUCGGCAGCUUCAAACGUGAAGGACAAACGUCACACUUUGGUGUUUUUAUAGCUUUUUUUAAGAUGUAAAUAUAAAGAGGUUAAAGAAAGGACGUGGGUGGGGUGUCCAGGUGCUCCACUCAACUCCGCACAGGUGAUUGAUGAACAGCAGGCGUACCACCUCCAUUCAAUCAGCAGUUUCUGAGUCAUUCAGGCAUCCAUUAGAUCAUCAAUGGGAUUUCCACAGGUUUAGGCGCCUUCAGAUUUAGUCAUGUAAACCUGAGAGAAUACAAAAAAGGACUGAAAGCCUGGUCUCAGACUCUACAAGCCUCAGGAAAGAUUUUUCAGUUCUGGCAUCCGCCGUGACUAGAGAUCAAACCCUCUGGUGUCGGACGAGAACCACAGCCGUUCGCUGGUCAUCUACUGAACAGACGUCAUCAUGAGUAAGUUGGUGAUCUCCCAACCUCAGCCGGUCAUGGAGUCCAGAGACUCCCAGGAGUGGACCUCGGAGGUGUGCGACUGCUUCAAAGACCUGCCCCAGUGCUGCUUUGCCUUCUGGUGUUUCCCAUGUUUCGCCUGCAUCACCUCCAAGAAGUUUGGUGAGCCCCUCUGUCUCCCCCUGCUGGAGUUCUGUUUUGGAGGCCUGAUCCCACCCAUCACCUUGGCCACCAGGGUCUCCAUGAGACACAGAUUUGGCAUCAAGGGAACCAUCUGCAGGGACUGCGUGUACUCCACCUUCUGCACGCCCUGCGUCUGGUGCCAGAUGGCCCGUGAGAUGAAGAGCAGAGAGAUUACAGUCGUAAUGAUCAACGCCAAAAACACAUGACCUCAACGCCACAGCAGUCGGUAAACGAGAAGGACAGCCACUUUCAGAAAACAGAACACCUCUUUGUAAAUAAACUUUUAAUGAAGGAGGAAUUUACCAUUAAAUGCAGGAUUUUGUCAUGAAUGUGUCAUAAAAAUGCUGCCAAGAAAUGAAAAAUCACUUUUUCACUAGAGCUGAUUUGCCAAAAUAAAUCUGUAAAGAAUCAAUCAGCUUGAAAUAAUUAACAUUUAUUGCAUUUUUUUCCCUUUUAUUAACAAUAAAGAAACAAAAAGCAAAUGAAA